CUCCUGAGGGCGCUGUGUAAACACGCGGCACAAAUAAAAGUAAACAAGCAUUAGAUGUCCACAGGCACAGCACAGUCAGUAUGGCCAUGAGAUAGAACUGCAUUUUCCUACACCACAUGGCAAACACAGCAACAUGAGUGGACACGACCAGCAGGCCAGCGUUUGCUGUGUCAAAGUGAUGACACUGCCUAAAUGGCAGAUGAAGUACUUGCUUCUGUACUCGGUAAUCAUCAUGCUCCUGGUGACCUUCUACAUCAGUUGGGAUAACCUGCACUCGCCAUCUAAGAGGUUACUGGGUACGCACCCAAAGCAGCCCCUGGGCGGGAGCAAGCUGUUAGAACUGGCCAGAGAGAUCACAAAAGACUACAUCAGAGUGGAUUCAAAAGAGUCAUUUCAUCACCACUGCAACAACUGCUCCGUGGUGGUCAGCUCGGGCCAGCUCCUGGACAAAGCAGCGGGCAGAGAGAUUGACCAGUCAGCCUGCGUGAUCCGCAUGAACGACGCCCCCACCGUUGGCUACUCGGUGGACGUCGGUCGCAAGUCAACACUCAGGGUAGUGUGCUUCAAAUCCUUGCCCUUCCUCAAGGGUGCCAACCUCAUUGGCAGAGGGAAGACCGACAUGGUAGCAGUGUGGGGGACAGAGAACCCACAUCACAAGGGGCGCGCCACCUACAUGCUGCGACAGGUGCUCAAGGCCUACGAACGCGACCCAAUCCAGUUCUACUCCAUGAAGAACGAGGGGGAGACUAAAGUAGCCGAGUUGUUUGAGGACGAGCUGGGUAUCGACAGGGUUAAGACCAACACGUGGGUUUCCACCGGCGUGUUCACAAUGCUUCUGGCUAUCCAGAUGUGUGACAGCAUCACAGUCUUCGGUAUGGCAGAUGAAAAUCACUGCAAGCUUCAUCCCGACAGUCGCAUCCCUUACCAUUACUACGGCCGGUCUAUGCUGGAGUGCGAGAUGUACAGGCAGCAUCAGGAGGAGUUUGAGCUAGGCAGUCACCGUUUCCUUUCGGAGAAGACGCUGUUCCGACGCUGGGCCAACAUGCUGGACAUCAGGUUCCGAUAUCCGCACUGGAACUUGACCCAGCUCAACGCAGCAAACGGGCAAGCGUGAGACACUUGGUUUGGAUUUUUUUUCAUUGCGUUUAAAAGUGCAACUCUAAUGCAUGACCACAAGGGGGCGCCCUUACAACAGACCAGGUAUCAACUAUCCUGCAUGGGACUUACAACAAACAGACAAGCUUGAGACUCCUUUGAAACAAUGAUAUCAGAGCUUUGAAAUUGUAUGCGCGACUUUAAAGAUGGUGCUCUAUCUCAACACGUUUUUUUGUGUUUAUUAACCAAAAAUAUUUUUUGGACAAGGUUUUAUGAUCGAAACCGCCCGUUCUUUUUCAGGUAGAAAUGAUGGCAAAUGUAUGUCUGUGAUAAAGUGCUAUGUUUAGGAGAUUCCAAUUCCCACCAUUUUUAAAAAAUAUUUUUGAGGGGGAAAGAUGAAGUAGGUAAAAAAAAACAAAAGUACAAAAUGUACAAAAACUUCACCUCUGUGAUCUCUUGUUCUAAAUUUAAUGUAAUCAAUUCAUGCAAACUCUCUGCACAACUCACCAAGCGUCUGAAAUAGAUAAACUAAUUUUGUACUAUUUUGAAAUUGAACCAAAAUUAAGUGUUUUUUUUUUCUUACAUAUUUAUAAUGACUCACUGGUCAAUUAAAACCAUUUUACAGUUUUCCAAAAUCAAUCUGAGCAAAUUCUUUACAAAUUUAUUUUUGAUGUAAAGAUGGAAAUCUUAAGUUGGAGUAAAAUGGUUCCAUUCAGCAUGAUUUUAAUUUAUUGAAUAUACACUGGCAUUUCAACAUAAAAAUAAAAUACAUUUUUGAGGGAUUCAGAUAUUUUUUUAUUGACUAUGGAGAUUUGAUUUUCUACCUAAUCGAAAUUGAAAAUUGUCAAGUUAGUCGUGUACAUUGUAGAUUUCAAAUACUUUCAGAAUGUAAUGUAUAUUUAUUCAUUUUUUUACAGUAUUCAAAUGAAAGCCAUUUCAAUCAGAAACCAAAAAUGCAACUGAAUCAAAAUUUGUGAUUAAUAUUUUUAUGACUUACUAGUUUAAUUUUUUUGCAAUCAAAAGAUGACGAGAAUGCCAUAAUUUAUAUUUAUGAUCACAUGAUUUUUAUUUAUAUUAGAUUGUUAGUUUUACAAAUACUAAAUUUAGAUAUGUAUGUGUACAUUGAAGUUACAUGUUUCUAAAACUGUUAAAGUCUUUUUAGAGGUUUUAUAGUUUUUAGAUCGUUUAUCGCAGUACUGCAUGUGUGUGAAUUUAAAGAUGCAAUCACAUAUUAGGUGCUGAAAUUAUAGCAGAAAUAAUUGUGAAAUUAUGAGAGUUUAAGCAGCUGAAACUGACCCUUUAAUUAUGUAACUUACUUGAUUUAACUCUGUAAAUUCUAGUUCUUCCCUAGGAAGAGAUAUUAUGAUUCUCUGAAUAAAUUUCCAGAAUAUUGCGUAGAUUUGGAAA